AUUGGUGCAGAACAUAGAAAACACAAAGGAUGGCAGCCGGACCAAUUGCUGAGCGAAAUCAAGAUGCUACGAUUUAUGUCGGAGGUCUGGAUGAUAAAGUCUCAGAAUCUCUGCUGUGGGAGCUCUUUGUACAGGCUGGACCAGUUGUUAAUGUCCAUAUGCCCAAAGACCGAGUGACGCAGAUGCACCAGGGAUACGGAUUUGUGGAAUUUCUGGGCGAGGAGGAUGCAGAUUAUGGGAUAAAAAUCAUGAAUAUGAUCAAAUUGUAUGGGAAGCCCAUCAGAGUGAACAAGGCGUCGGCUCAUCAGAAGAAUCUCGACGUGGGAGCCAAUAUUUUCAUCGGAAAUCUCGAUACGGAAGUCGACGAGAAGCUUCUCUAUGACACAUUCUCAGCCUUUGGCGUAAUUCUCCAGACGCCGAAGAUUAUGAGGGAUCCCGAGACGGGUAAUUCCAAGGGAUUUGCUUUUAUUAACUUUGCCAGUUUCGAAGCUUCUGAUGCUGCAAUGGAUGCCAUGAAUGGCCAGUACCUCUGCAAUCGUCCAAUUUCGGUUUCCUACGCCUUCAAGAAGGAUUCCAAGGGAGAGCGUCAUGGAUCGGCAGCUGAGCGCCUCCUGGCAGCCCAAAAUCCCCUUUCGCAUGCCGACAGACCCCAUCAGCUCUUUGCGGAUGCUCCUGUGCCGCCUAUGAUGCCAAUGCCAGCCGGAAUGAUGGGUCCUAUGAUUCCUCCUCCUCUGAUUGCUCCUCCACCACCUCCAGUUGCACCUCCAAAUCCUCCAUUCCCAUCAUCUGUUCCCCCGCCACCUCUUCCACCCAUGCAGCCUCCAGUGCCGCCCUCACAGCCCCCACUGCCUCCCACUCCCGUGGGAAUUCCUCCGGCUCCGCGCAUGAUGCCCGGACAGCCACCUUGGUCACAGAAUGGAGCUCCUGGAACAGCUCCAGCUGGCUUUCCGGGUGGAAACUUUCCGCCGGCACCUCCACCGCCCGUGGCUCCACCGGCUCGACCCCCAGCGCCACCGCCCAAUUUCCCCCGGAUGCCGGCUCAAGGGAACUUCCAGAGACCACCAUUCCCACCCCGAGGAAUGCCACCACCUCCGCCAGCCAAUUUCAGCAGCGACACUUUCAAUUCAUUCUAAAAUAAAAGCAUUUUAAUUUCUCUCUCU